AUGAACACUGGAACGCAAAAUAUAUUCUUAGACCAAGAUGGGCAGGGUGAGGAGCGUGGCCCAUCCGCGUACGUCAAACGUUUUGGUGGUGGGAGGCCGCGUGAAAUGAAUGGUUUGUUGCCGGAUUCUCUGCCAUCGAGCAGCAGCUAUGUGCAGUCACCAGAAAACACGCUGUGCAGCGGGAACGGGCCGCAACGGUCUUUAUUUGGCAUGCGGUUUGUUGGAAGUAGGGGAACGUCUGUCUCCAAACAGAAUUUUGGUCGCAAAGACAGGCGUCUCCUGCCGCUGAUGUAUCCAAAGGAUGAAGAAGCGUUUCUUCAAACUCUGCGAAAACCGACAUCGAGUGUGGAGUACCCCCAAGGGGAUUACGAUGGUGAUGAUGAUGACCCCAACGCCACAGAGGCCGUGGACGAUGAUGCCAGUACGGUGCAGCAGGGAGGCUGGACUCAGCCUCUGGAAGAAAGGUUUUCCCUGGAUGAAUUACGGCGUCUUAUGUGUUUUUUCUCAGCGGAUGCGGACUCUUUUGAGAACGGCAUGUUAGGUCCAAAAGCAGACGCCAAUCGUCGUCCUUUCAGCAGGAAAAUCACGGGAAAGAAUUUUAUGGUGAGGAACUGCUCUUCCUUGAGUAGACUGUCGGAGGAAGGCAAGAAGAUGGAGAAUACUGAACGGCAUCCCCAAGUUGAGGAAAGGGAAAAUUUGUGUGAAGAGCGCCCUCAGGAACAUUCCUCGGGUGUAUUUAUUGGACCACCUGCUGGUACUUAUCAGCCGGUACAAACAAAGGAAGAGCUUCAGCGUGCACUCUUUUCAUCUGACGGGCUGAAACAGGGUUCCGGGCACGAUGCGUACACACGUGUUUUAUCCGAACAGGAGUUUGCACAGGCGAUUAAAGUUGUUAUCCCCAGCGCCACGGAUGCGGAAAUUAUAGAUCUUAUGAGAAAGGUUGACUACGAAGCGAAGGGGUGCACAACUUGGGAUGAUUUCUCAACGUUUUUAGUCUCCCAAAGUCGUCACCGCUCCCAUCUUGCUAAUGGACCGAUUUCAGAGUUAUCCACAACACCUGAACCGAGCUAUUGCUUUUCGCACUCGCAGCAUAUAACGGGAACUUGCAUGGAGGCGGACACACGGCGUAAACUCCUAUUGACCGGUGGGUCCGAAGGCACUGUACGGGCAUGGGACCUGGAGACUCUGACAAGCCGUGGAAUUGUCUUUGCAGGGGACUGUUGGGUUGUUGGUGUGCACUGGGCGAAUCAAAUUCAAAGUAUCCUUAUUGUAACAAUGGAUCGUAGGGUGAUUGUUCUGGAUUCGAAAACCCUGGAGGUAAAGCGCCUCUACCGUGGGCGUGCAUUAGUCGACACUAUGGAUGGUUAUAUGUACGCCCAUGAUAGUGUACAGUCCCGUCAGGUGGGGGGGAAGAU